CUAAGAUGGACCAUCCAUCCCCUUGUAUCCAAAAACUCAUUUUAGACGGAUGUAACGGAGGCUCACGCCAAUCCAAUCUCACAACAAUUUGUAUCUGAAGGGGAGUCGGCAACCAACUUUACUCCAGUUGCUUCCGAUAGGCUGCGACCUCCAUCACUUUUUCAUACGUACGCGGUACAUGGAUGCAUUUCCUAUCCUGCGACCUCCAUCAGUUAGCGAUCAUGCACAAAUCUAAGCCAUUCAUAUCUUAUUAUUGCGUAUCAAAACCAACACAAUGCAAUGCUACUGGUCCAUUUCUUGAAGCACCAUCGUCACCAAUUGUCCUAACCCGAUUCCCUUCUUGAUGGAUUCAACUCUGACCCGAAUAUCUGCUCCCUUUACUCUCAAACCCAUUUUUUCAUUAGCCAAAGAGACCCGCUUUUUCUCUGCUACUCCUCUCUCGGCGUUUCCCCUCAAUAGAAAACUCUCCAGUUCCAAGCUCCAAAGCAGCGGACGACAAAACAAUGUCGUUUUCGACGAGUCGGACUUUGAGGCUCAGAGGCUAAGCCUUGACGCAAAGGCCCGAGAUAUGAUGGUAGAGACUUCUAGGCGAGAGAUGGAAUCCGGAAUGGACGAUGACCCAAAAGCUUGGAAAUGGAUAAUCCGAAAAAGAAUUUGGGAUAUGAUGGAAGCUCGCAACAUAGCUCAGAACCCACGACCGGUUCACCAUCGGAUCCCCAACUUCGUUGGCGCAUCCGCCGCAGCCAAACGUUUGGGUGAUUUGGAGGUCUUUCGGGUGGCGGAUUGCGUGAAGGUUAACCCGGAUUCGCCCCAAAAACAAGUCAGGUUUCUCACACUCUCAGGUGGAAAGAAGUUGUUAACUCCUCAGCCUCGUUUGAGGACAGGGUUUUUCUCAGUACUUGAAUCGUGCACCUUACCUCCGGGUACCAUCAAUGAGGCAUGCACAUCUGUAGGGGUUGCCAAGUAUGGAAAACCGAUUGGACUGGAUGAAAAGAUAAAGGUGGAUCUGAUUGUCAUUGGUUCAGUUGCUGUUGAUCCAAGUACAGGGGCACGACUAGGCAAGGGAGAGGGGUUUGCAGAACUUGAAUAUGGGAUGCUGCGGUAUAUGGGAGCUGUUGAUGACUCAACACCAGUUGUUACCUCUAUCCAUGACUGUCAAUUGGUUGAUGAUAUUCCAGUCGAGAAACUGCUGAUCCAUGAUGUUGCUGUAGACAUCAUUUGCACUCCCACGCAGGUCAUAUUUACCAAUACAACAAUCCCUAAGCCAAAAGGUAUCUACUGGGACAAAUUGUCUCCAGAAAAGCUGGGACAAAUUCGGAUACUUAGAGAGCUGAAGAGCAGAAUAGAGCGUGAGACUGGGCAGGAACUUCCUUCUGGUCCAUCUGAGAAGUUGCCUCCCACAACGCGACGGAGGCGCUGAAAUUCUCAUGUCUAAGAGGCCUUUUAGUGGGAUUGUAUUGGCUUUUGACAAAUGUUACUAUCUAUGAAAGAAACCGUCUUUGUAGUAGAAAAGUGAUAAGUCUCAAAAUAGACCCUCUACUUUGCAAAACUGGUUGAUUGUGUCAUUUUUUUUUUUUUUUUUUCGUGUCAUUUAAACUCUUGUACUUUGAAGAAUGAGUUCCGUUAGCUCUCCAAGCUUUUAGACAUUAAGGCUCCGUUUAGACGA